AUGGGCGGUGGACGCAUCGACUGCUAUCUGGACAUAGCGUCCUUCUUCAGCUACAUUUGCAUUGAGGACCUGCGCCGCAAUCUGGACAAGCUAGCCGCCCACGGCGUCGAGGUCGACGCAGCGCAGCCCGCACGCAGUCUGACCCGUCUCAUCAGGUUCCAUCCCGUCUUCCUCGGAGGCAUCAACAAACUGUCCGGCAACAAACCGCCGUGGACCCUGCCCGCCAAGGCCAAAUACCUCAGCCACGACACCCAGCGCGCCGGUGCCCGCGUCGGCAUCACCAAGUUCCAGACGCCCGAGGACCUGUUUGAGCGCGGGAAGACGCAGUCGGCCCUGCGGGCCCUGCUCUUCAUCAAGGCCAACCACCCCGCGGACAAGUUCCUGUCGGCGAUGCACUUCCUGGCGCAGCGGUUCUGGACGCCGCCCAACGCCGAUGUCGUCGACGAGUCCAGCCUGCGCGCCCUGCUGGCCGAGGCUACCGAGACGCCCGGCGGCGGGGCCAAGCUGUUCACCGAGGCCGACGUCGACCGCAUCAUGGACGGCAGGGCGAGCAUGAAGAACAAGCUGGCCGAGGACACGGGCAGGGUGGCCGAGUCUGGUGCGUUUGGGUGCCCGUGGUUCCUGGUGACCAAUUCCAAGGGCGAGACGCAGCCUGUCUUUGGCAGUGAUCGGUUCAACCACAUUUACAUGCAUCUCGGCAUUCCGUUCCAAGACGUUGCGAUUCUGCCGCCGCCGUCGGCGUCCAAGUUGUAG